AUGCACUUCCGCUUGUGUCUUGAUCUUGAGAUACCGUUUUACUCACGUAAGGAAGGUGCCACAAUGACUUCAGAAAAGAAUGCCCAGGUGGGGCAAGCUCGUGAAGCUUUCCAAAUGAUGUAUCAGAUAUCACAACUCCUUAACACUGGAUUAGAUGCAGAUACUCUUUCUAUCUGUAUACGGCUAUGUGAACUAGGCGUUGAUCCUGAAGUACUGGCCCAUGUUAUUAAAGAAAUAAGAAAAAUGGGAGACAACGCGGCCCAAAGCAAACCUGUUAAUUUACAUCCAUAGAACUUAGUCAUUCUGAUUUCUUCAUUCAAACAAAUUGCCCCAAUGUUAAUGCUUUAAAAUUAGUGAUAUAUUUUCAUAAAACUAAUAUUAAACUUCUUCGUAUUUUCUGAAGAAUAUAUUGAAAAUGUACCUCUAACAGACACUACAGAUUGUAGUCUAGGAAGGAUAUUGUAAUUAUUAAUUUUACAAAGUACUGUUUAACACUUGUAAAGGUGUAUGUAU